UGGUGAUGAUGAUGAUAACUUGAAUUUUACGGAUGAGUUAAUAAUUGAAAAAAAGAAUGACCACAACAACAAACUGUUGUCAUUGAUAUAGUCGACGGAUAUGUAUUUCGGAUCAUAAUUUAUUGUUUUUUUUUUGUUCAUAUGUUUCGUUUUGUUCGCAUGUUUGUACGCCAAUCGUUUAUUUGUUUUCAAUUCCUACUAACCUCGAUUCUCUCUUCAAGCAACAAAAUUUAUACAGUUCAUUUAUUUAUAUAUCUAUAUUACGAUUCAUCAUUCACCAUUCUUGUUUGAUUUUGUGUCUGUACACUGAGUUAUCUAAUACAUUCGACAAAUCUGAAUUGAUAUUUAGUAUGCAUACUGCUUCCUUAUACAGUUUAUAAUAAUCAAUAAUCUACCAAUAACUAUUAUUCAAUUUUUCAAUCUAUUUUGUUUGUUUUUUCUCAUUUUCCAACCAUUCAUCCGAACGAUCGAUUUACCUGAUGCAGCAGGUAAUACACACUUUAAAAAAAAACACAAAUAAUGUGAUUCCCUUAUGAUGAAUUGUCUUUGUAAAAAAAAAUAACUACAUGCGUGUUAUAUGAUAACAUUGUAUCAACAAUCACCAUAUAUAUUUAUAAUGAUGAGAAUCUGCUGAAAAAAAUCAGCUGUAGCAUUUCCAGAUGAACGACAAUGUAGAUGAUUAUUAAAAAAAAAAAAUUUGAUUUUUGAAUUCGACGCACAACAUUUGUUUGCCCAUCUUAUUAAUCAAAUGUUCCUUAUUCAUUCAUUGGCCUUUAUCGAUUUAUUGUAAAUAUACCGUCACCAUCAUCAUGAUUCGCAAGAAUCGAAUCCUACAGAUAUUAUUCUGUCUAUUCCUGUUAACCGUGAUAUUUCCAAUCCUCUUGAAUCUUCUGGGAAAUUUUCACAAUAAACAGCUCUCACCAUCGUUGCAACCACAAGCAAUCAUUAUUUCAAAUCAAGAAAAAUUACAACUUAAUAAAUAUUAUGGACAACAAGAAUCCUCUAAUGAACAUGAUUCAUUCAUAUUACAACCGAUUAAUAAUUUAAAUCUAACAUAUGUAAAAAUGAUAGCUGGCAAUAAAUUGGAUCAACAACUGGAAUAUCGUUUUGCCGAUCUAAGUAAUCGAGUGAAAUAUGCUGAAAUGAUUGCCGGUGAACGUAAACAGGAAAUCUUCCAGCUAUUACAAGAAAUUCGGGAUCUUUGGACCGUCAUACAGAAUAAAUCAUCAAAAGAACUACAUACUAAUUUUACAUCAUUCACUAUGAGCAAAUCGAUGGCUGAAUUGCUUUUCACUGAGCAAAAUUCUUCAUUAUCAAUGCAAGAGGAAAUUGUUCAGAUGCCUACAUUAUUAAGUCUUAUGCCUCAUCUUGCAUCAACAUCAUCAUUAAAUCCGGCAUUUCGUGUUGCUACCAAACAAAAACAAUUGGCUCGUCGUUUUGUAUUUGGAUUGCCAACGGUAAAACGUUUGGUUGAAUCUUACCUGAUUUCAACAUUGAGAGAUUUGAUCAAAAAUCUAUCACCAAUCGAACAAGAACAAUCAUUGUUUGUAGUAUUCAUUGCUGAAAGCGACCCAGAAUUUUUUCAAAAAACUGCCAGCGAUAUUAUUGGUAAUUUUGAGAAACAAAUCGAUUCGGGUUUAAUAGAAAUAAUUUCGCCGCCUGCUAACUAUUAUCCAAAUUUUUCCAACCUCAAACAAACACUUGGUGAUCCAAUUGAACGAGUCAAAUGGCGAAGCAAACAAAAUUUUGAUUUCGCUUACCUGAUGAUGUAUUGUCGACCGAAAGGAACUUAUUAUGUUCAACUUGAAGACGAUAUCAUAACAAAGCCAUCAUAUUUGGCUAAAAUGGAAAAUUUCAUAGCCAAAAAUACACAGACGAAACAAGAUUGGCUUAUAUUAGAUUUUUGUUCCCUUGGUUUUAUUGGUAAACUAUUUCGUACAAUCGAUUUGUCACAUUUUGUUCUAUUUUUCACCAUGUUUCACAAUGAUAAACCGGUGGAUUGGCUUUUGGAUAAUUAUGUUCAAACAAAGGUUUGCCGUUUCGACAAGGACAUAAAAGAUUGUAAACGUCGAAAGAAUGCCAUCUGGAUCACGCAUAAACCGUCGUUGUUUCAACAUAUUGGUACUCAUUCAAGUUUGAAAGGAAAAAUUCAGAAAUUACGUGAUAAAGGAUUCGGAAAAGUUAAAUUAUACGAACCACAUCAUGAUAAUCCACCUGUUUCAGUAUAUUAUUGUUCAAUCAAACAAUAUCAACGAUAUAAGCUCAGUAAUGCCUAUGAAGGAAGAACAUUCUUUUGGGGUGUAUCACCGAUUAAAGGUGAUGUAUUCGGAUUUAAAUAUCAGCCACCAAUCGAUUUGGAAAGCUGCCUAAUCAAAUCCGGAAAUUUGGAACAUCCAUCGGAUGUAUUGUACAACGCUACCCUUCAGAUCAAACCAAAUGUUCCUAAUAACAAAUACAAAAACAUAGAUAAAGAUGGUUUCAUCGAUCUUACGUCAUUCGAUCCUGUCGCAGGUUUAGUCAAUGUUCGAAUACCAAACGAAUUGAAUCCAAUUGUUGAGCUACGUGUUCGUAUUGAUCAAGAUUCAAUUAAUUGGGUGAUUGUAAAUGAGAUCCACAUAAAAGAAAUGUCUCAUCCUACGUAAAACAUAAAUUGGCAAACAACAAACAAAUUAUUUUGUUGUUUUCUACAGUGAAUUCUAGUCUCUGCCUAUAUAUAUCUUAUUAUUAACUGAUUGUGUCAAAAGAAUUUUUUUUUUAUUGCUUAUUAUUAUUUUGUCACAAAAAUAUCAUCAUGUCAAUUGGAAUUUUUUUUUUAUU